GGAGCGAAACCGAACAGCAUUCCAAAAUGGCUCCUCCGGCGAAAGGCGAGCUCACCGAUGCCGAGAAAGACCUCUACAAAGCGAUCCAGGCCGGCGAUGUCGCCGAGGCGCGAACGCUCGUGAACCGCGUGCGUAUCGACUGCCUCGACGAGCACGGGAUGACGCCGCUACAACACGCCGCGUACCGCGGCAACCACGACCUCUGCAAGCUGUUCCUCGAGUGCGGCGCCGACGUCAACUCGCACUACCACGACUCCGGCUACACGGCGCUCAUGUUCGCGGGCCUGGCCGGACGCGCCGACGUCGUAAGCCUUCUGCUCGAGCACGGCGCCUCCACGACCGCCGUCAACUCUCUCGGCCGGACGGCGGCGCAGAUGGCGGCGUUCGUGAGUAACCACGACGUGGUGGCCAUCAUCAACAACUUCUUGCCCCGCGAGGAACUGGAAUACUACGCACGGCCCCAGGGACUCGAGAAGGAGCCCAAGUUGCCGGCGUCGCUGGUAGCGCCCCUGUACCAGCUCAUCGUACGCACCAACAUCCACCCCGUGCGAGUCGCGCUCUACCUGCAACAAAAGCGCGAGCUGCUCGAUGAGUCGUCCAAGGUGGAGCGCGUACUGAACCUGCUCUGCGAGAAGCAGAUGAAGGCCACCAGCGCGGAGCCCAACGAAAUGCUGGCGCUCAAGUUUCACCACCUGGCCUUCCUCAUCAGGACGUGUUCCAAGUUCGUACGCGACCGCGCCGCGACGGCUGGCGGCAGCAACGCCGAAGGCGACAAGUCCAACAAGAAGGCGUCGUCGUCGGGCCUUCUCGAGCCUCUCAUCAAGACGUGGUUGCGCGGGCGGGACGAAGAUGACUUCCCCGUGGUUCUCGAAAAGCUGUUGCGCCAGUCCGUGCGCGAAUUUCCCUACCACGAGUGUUCCAUUCUCCAGCAGCUGGUGCACACGCUCUCCGGUGUCGAGGUUGGCAAUGAGCCAAGUGCCAUCUCCAUUUUGGCCGAGGCGGUGCGCGGCCAGAAGGGUUUCGACCAGGGAGCCUCGUGCACGGCCUGCGGCGAGCCCCAAGCUGACAAGCGCUGCUCCGCCUGCAAGUCCGUGCAGUACUGUGGAGCACCCUGCCAGAAAUUGCACUGGUUCACACACAAGCGUCACUGUGCUCGUCUCGCCGAGGAAUACAAGAAGGCUCUUGCCGAGAAAGAGGCCCAAGAAGAGAAAGAGUCGACGACGACGGAGCAGACUACCGAGGAAUCGUCCAAUGGCCGCCCCGACGAGUCCAACGACACCCAGUCAACCAGUGAAUGUACGAGUGCCACGCCCAUAGAGACUGCUUGAGAGAGACCAACUGUGUUUGUUGAAUGAGAGAUUGUUGGACGCUCCCACUGUUUUUUUCCAGCAAAGGAUCGGGAGAAAGCUUGGUAUGGUGAUGUGCACUGGCUGCAAGUUGCAGAGGCUUGAAAUAACCCCUUGCAAUGCAUUUGACUGUAGAAGGCCGAACAGUGUCCCCUUUUCAGCCCUUGCACAAAAUGUUGUAGUGCUUAAUUUUAAGUGUUCGUCUGGGCAGCUGUCUUUUAUUUGCAGGUGCCUCCUACAAAACCUUGCCGCCGCGAAUGUUGCGAUUUCUUAAAUAUAUUCAAGCCAGCACUACGAGCCAAUUAUGUUUUACAGUUUUGGAGAAGCGGGAUUGAUGCCACAACGUUUUACGUGGAAUUAUACUGGAUGCCCAAUGUAGCUAGUUUAUGAACAGGAAUUUUGAACCUGUUAAAACCUCUGGAUCCUGUUUUUCCAUGCCACUAUUUCAAAUCCACCCUGCUUAUAUUGAAAACUUCUUGAUCACUGCUUUCAAAGGCCCAGAACACGGAAAAACUCGGUGAGGUACACAACAUCCAUUAAAACCAUGCAUGGUAGCAGGCAGCCGAGUGUUCAUUUCUACAAAGGCCAGUGUUUCUAGUCAGAUGAUGUGAAGCUUUCUGUAAUCAUUUCCCAAACCACUACAGUUGUUAAGGUCCACAAUUUCAGAGUGUCAUUUUAAUUUGUUAGUGAUCUACUACUAGUUUGUGUUCUCCUCUGUGUGUACCAAGGUCCUGGGCUAAAGAGAAAAGAGCGUUUUUCGCACUUGCCUGGGCAUUAUUUAAUGAAGCCUCAACUACUCAGCACCGCGAUGCUGAAUAAGUGUCUACCUAAAUAAAUGUAUAUGACUGUUGCUUGAA